UUUGACAGCCGGAUGAUUCGUCCGUCAGAGCAGAUAUCUCUCUGGGUUUGUGUGCGUGUAACCUCUUUUUCUACGUGAAGAAGUUUAGCUAUGGCCCUGAAGUACGCCGGCAUGGACGAUACAGACAGCGAGGAUGAGUUACCGCCCGGCUGGGAGGAAAGAACUACAAAAGAUGGUUGGGUUUACUAUGCGAACCACGAAGAGAUGAAAACACAGUGGGAACACCCCAAGACGGGAAAGAAAAAACGUUGUGCUGGAGAUUUGCCAUAUGGUUGGGAGCAGGAAACGGAUGAAAAAGGGCAAAUGAUUUAUGUUGACCACAUCAACAAGCGGACCACGUAUUUUGACCCACGUCAGGCUUUUACAGUGGAGGAUGUGAUGGUGAAGCCGAAACGGUUUGAUGGAAACACGGCUGCUCUGGAGAUUCUGCAGGGCCGCGACCUAUCAGACAAGGUCGUCCUCAUUACUGGGGGAAACUCCGGCAUUGGUUUUGAAACGGCCAGGUCUUUUGCUCUACAUGGUGCCCGUGUGAUCAUGGCGUGUCGAAACCUGUCCUGGGCCAGCAAGGCCGUUAGCCUCAUCCAGCAGGAGUGGCACAAAGCAAGAGUAGAGGCCAUGAUGUGCAACCUGGCUUCUCUCCAGAGUGUUCGGGAGUUUGCAGAGUCUUUCAGGGCCAAAAAAAUACCUCUGCACAUUCUAGUGUGUAACGCAGCAGUGUGCACUCAGCCCUGGACCUUGACCGAAGAUGGUCUAGAGUCCACCUUUCAAGUCUGCCACCUUGGUCACUUCCUGCUCGUGCAGAGCCUGCAGGAUGUCCUGCGUCGUUCAGCACCUGCUCGCGUCGUGGUUGUGUCUUCAGAGUCCCACAGGUUCACAGACCUCUUAGACUCGUGUGGAAAGCUGGAUUUGGCCCUGUUGUCCCCGCCAAAGAAGGAGUACUGGUCCAUGCUGGCUUACAACCGGGCUAAACUCUGCAACAUCCUCUUCAGCAACGAGCUCCACCGGCGACUUUCACCCCAUGGCGUGACCUCCAACGCAGUGCAUCCUGGGAACAUGAUCUACACUUCCAUUCACAGAAGCUGGUGGCUGAUGACCUUUCUCUUCAUGCUGGCCAGACCUUUCACCAAGUCUCUGCAACAAGGUGCGGCCACCACGGUGUACUGUGCAGUGGCUCCGGAGCUGGAGGGUUUAGGCGGCAUGUACUUCAACAACUGCUUCCGCUGCCAGCCUUCCGUCCAGGCUGAGGAUCCGAGCAGCGCUGCCAGCCUGUGGGAGCUGAGUGAGCGCCUGGUCGCCGAGCGGUCAGCUGGGGUUCAGACCCUCUGAGGGAUUUGGGG